AUGGCAUCCUCUCUGCGCACCCCUGACCACAAUGCACGACUGAUCUACGACGACUUCAACGAGUUGUUUUGGAGCCGCCAGUGCCUCGACAUCCUUCACCGAUUCACCAAAGAGACGGAGGCUUCUGCACAAGAAAUAGCACAGACAGUUCAAGUGAUACAUCCUUCAGCUGACACCGAGCCGUUUUCAGACCAUCAGCUUGCCUCAAAGCCAAUCCAAAAGCCACAACCCAAGAACUGUCCAAUGGGACUGUCCGUAUCCCGUGAAAGCUUGAACGCUGUAGUAGCUGAACUCUCCUCAGCGUCAAAGCCUGGAUCUGGAAUCAAAACUUUCGUAGAGCACAGAAGUUACGCACAAGUUUUGCGCAACUUUUGGCGUGUAUUCGCGUGGCACGUGACCACGUUUGCUGGCAUUUUCCUGCUCUAUGCUGUACUGGAUGAAGAAUCAUCAUAUUCUGCACAAAAGCAGUGGGCUAUCACGACUCUGACGGCCGCGAUAAGUUACGGGAUGCUCCCUAUCUUUGAUUUGAUGCUUGUUGACUACCGGACUCUCGGCAAGCCACAGUGGUGGCAGCUCGCAUGGAGACGGGUUCCGAUCCAUUCAGCACGAAUAGGCUUUGCAUUGGCGGCUCUGGUGACCGUGGCAUUAGAUGGACUUGAUUCGGCUCAUUUGCAAUGGACUGGACUUCUGAGCAUCUUGUACUGGGCUUUCUUCGUUUGUCAUGGGGCUCACUAUUUUCUCUACAUGCGCAUUCAAGACCGUAUGCCGUUCUUUGUUUUGCUGUGGAGCAACAAGUGGUUAGCACCCCUGAGCAAGCCUUCAACGUAUACAGGCAGCGUGCCACUACUAGCCGAGAACUUCACACACGUGCUGAAGUAUUCCUUUUUUUGGCUUUUUGCCAUGGCUGCCAAGGCCUUGUAUUGGCUUUACUUCGUCUUGCCGCCGAUGGUUAGUGCUUCGAAGCAUGUUGGCUACGUCUCUUGCCGCCCCGUAUACAUAAAUUCUGUUGUCUUCUGGCCGGGUUAUAUUCCUGCUGUUCUACAAGCCUUUAUUUGGGUACCAGCAUUCCUCAUAUGGCUCUUCGACAUGCAGAUUUUCUUUCUGUUGUUUGGAGCAUUUUACGGUAGUAUUGACGGCUACAUCCGGCGCGUUGGCUACAUAACAAACUGCCGGAAGAUCCAGCAGCGCCUUCUCCCUAUGUUGCCCCUCACAGCAGUCUUCCGUCUACCAGGAGAAAAAGCGACAGAGGAUAAAGGGCUAUUUGAAAGGAUGCCUUCUGGAAUAACGCAGCUGCACGGGGCUCUGCAGCUACGACGCGCAAGCAACGUAGACCGUUACUGCCGCCGCGGGACCCUUUCUAGGAUGCCCACAAAUGCGCGUGACCAACAGCAGUGGUGCGUGCAACCUCCUGCUUUCGCGCUUUCAAGCUCUCCCAACGACUUCCGAAGUCUUUCUGUGCAAUAUGCAAAUACCACUGACCCCUACGUGAGCAUGGUGCCUCAGAUGAUGGCCAAGACCGUGACUAGGGCCAGCUUCUUGGCACCCAGUGAAGCCGAGUCGGUGGCAAAAGCAAACGCGCAGCUGAAGAAGGCAUUGCUUGCAAUGAUAAUGCUGCCAAGCACUGAACCAGAAGAACUCGGUGGAUCGAACAUCCCACUACCUGUGCAGGAGUAUGUUAAGGCUGUAAGUGUCUGCUUCGGUUCGGACUCGAUGGUCAAGGAUAUCCCCUCUAUCUUGCCCGCUCCACUACAGCGGGCUGAAGUGGCCGUCAUGAUUGAACAACUGGAAAUAAUUUUGCAUCACACGUCGCUCCUGCUCCUCGCCAGUGAAGAAGAGAGAAAUUCAGUGAAUGUCGGUGACCUACCACUACUUCCUGAAGAGCUGGCCGAAAUGCGAGCUCUUCACGCACAACUUGGCGAAGCCGAUGCAAACGUAGUUUUGGCAGACAACGGAUCGAAAUAUGGGGGGCCCUCUGACAGAGAGCAAGCCGAGUCAAGGAGGAUAGCAGCGGUGGAGCACGGGCUUAGAAUGUUUUUUCGAAGAGCUGCGCGCAUUCUUAAGGCCGAUGACCCGUCUUUCAAAUGCGCCGAAACUCAGCGAAGGUGA